AUGACGAGUAAGUCUUCCAAGAAGCUUUACACUUGCAUCUUUGCAGGCAACCUCAUCGUCAACCUAUGCGCGAGCAGUGAUAUUGUGACCAAGCUCCACCAUUGGAAGCGAACCAGUAGCGCCAAGGACAGCAAGGCCGAGGCAUCGCACAAACGUCGCGAGGUGCGGGAUCUAUUCUCCGAGCCUGUGGAAAAAGAGGACCCGCAACGUGAAUUGGACGAUAGCGUUCCCUCACCAAGCGACGACAUCCAGCUGAAUCGGCUUCUGGAUGACUACAUGCUGGGAGAGAAGGGAGACCGAAUCAUGCAGCAAAUGGAAGAGCUGGCUAUGGAAGACAAACCUUUGACCGACCGAGAUACGAAAUCUCCUUCCGAAGACCUUUUCCGGGACGACGUGAAGCCUGAACCUGAAAAGCAAGAGCCAUCCCUCGAUCUGGACGCCAUGCUUUCGAUGAAGGACUUCGAGAAGUACAUCGCAGAAAACUAA